AUGUAUAGGUUAUAUAAAAGUCGGUAUCCUGAUCACUCUAGUCCAGCACAUUCAUUGUUUCCUCAUUUGUAUAAAAAUCUGCAUAAUUUUGGAAGCUUCACAAAACCAAAACAUAAAACUUGUACAGUAUACAAUGAUGAAAAUGCGUUUGCAGUUUUGACCAAAUUCAUUGAAAAUCCACAAAUAUCUUUAAGAACUGUAGCAGAUGAGUUGAAUAUAUCAUAUUCUACUGUUCAAAGAAUUGCAAAAAAAUAUAAAUACCAUGCAUAUUUGUAUUUCCCUGUUCAAAAUCUUCAAUCGAGUGACUAUGAAAGACGUCUUUAUUAUGUUGCUCACAUUAUAGUGAAAUUAGAGGAAGAUCCAAGUUAUUUAAAAAAGAUAAUUUGGACAGACGAAGCUAAGUUUCACAAUAAUGGAACAGUAAACCACCAUAAUAACCAUUACUGGAGUGAUUCAAAUCCUCACCAAAUAAAACAGUGUAACAAGCAAGUCCGUUGGGGAGUAAAUGUGUGGUGUGGAAUAAUUGAUAAGUUUUUAGUUGGUCCAUAUUUUUUUGAAGGAAAUCUCAAUGGAAAUAAAUAUCUAAAUUUUUUAAAAAAUGAUUUGCCAAUUUUGAUGGAGAACAUUCCUCUUCAACAGCGAAAUGAUUUAAUUUGGCAACAAGAUGGUGCACCAGCACAUAACACUUUGGUCGUGCGUAAAUAUUUAAAUCAAGUGUAUGGAGACAACUGGUUUGGAACUCAUAGCCCCGAUGUUCAAUGGCCACCACGUUCUCCAGAUUUAAGUGUGCUUGAUUUUUUCUUUUGGGGCUUUCUUAAAAAUGAAGUUUACCAAGAAGAAUCAAACAAUGUAGAAGAGCUCAAAUCUAAAAUAAAAGAAUGUUGUAAAAAUAUUAAUUAUUCGGUCAUACAAAAAGCUACUUCAACCGAAUUAAUGAAGCGUUUGUCUUUUUGUUUAGCCGAAAAUGGUAAACAGUUUGAACAUUUAUUGAAAUAUAAAUAA